UUUUAAUGCUGCAUUAGCUGACGGGUCCAGGGCAGAUUCUUGCGCAGCGGCGGGUUCCUCUUUGUACUUCCUCGAGGCACUGCAGGGAAAGGAGCAACAAUGACUUCAACAAAUAUGUUCCAGGGACUUGAGGGUUCAAAGCCAAGUUCAAGGGUGCUGCGUCCUCCUGGUGGAGGCUCGAGUAACCUCUUUGGUGGAUAUGAGGAUGACACAGCCAGCAGACGAUCUAACAAGAUGGCCUCAACCAUCUUUGCACCUCCAGAGCAGCCCCAGGAAGGCCCCAAGCGCUCCAAUCCCCCAGGUGGAAAAAGCAGUGGAAUCUUCGGGGAGCCUGAGGCAUCGCCAGCUCAGCAGAAGCCUGUUCCACCCGGCGGAGCCACCAGCAACAUCUUCGGAGCCGGAGAGCCCAGCACCUCCCCAGCCAAGGCCCCACAUCCCAACAAGCCAAAGGACAACAUUGGUGUGGGACCCGCCUCUGAGCCUGCAGCUCCAGCCCCUGCUCCUGCUCCAGUUCCCCAUGAGGCAGCAGCAGCCCCGGUGGAGCCGGUAGCCCCCCAGCCCGCCCCUGCCAAAGAGGAGCCUGCAGCCGCCCCUGCCGAGGCCAAAUCAGGGAACGGGGACCAGGCCUCUCUGAAGGACCAUGAGCCGCGCCUUGGGCCCGUCCCUCGCGCCCACAACCGGGUGCUCAACCCACCCGGUGGGAAGUCCAGCGUUGUCUUCUAUUGAGCCUGACUCAUCACCACGCUCUCUCUGUCUUUCUGUCUCUCUGCACAGACUGUUCUUUGCUCUUACCCUGCCCCUCCUUACCUGAUCCCAAGACCUUCUUUCCUUUUGGUUUGGUACCUUUUCCCUUUACCAUGUCCUUCUCUUUGCUUUUGCGUUUUCUUUUCCUUCCCCACCGUAUACUUUUUUUCUCCUUUUUCUUUCAUCUCAUUGUCCGUUCUGUCUGUCUUCUAUCUUUCUUGCACUCUCCUCUUCCCCCUCCACUUAGCCUCAUUCCUUGGCCUCACCUGUGUUUUAAGUGAUUUCUGUAGCUGUUUGGAGCUCACCAAUCAUACAUAAGGGUUUCAUUUGUCUAUGAAUCUGGUUUCCAUGUUUUGAGUGUUUUUUGUUUUGUUUUCUGCGUGCGUCUUCUCCAUAUUUUUGAUACUCUGUCUGGAUUGAUAUGAUGACAUGAUAUUAUUGCAUUGAAGCUGUUUUAAAAUGCAACUGGAAAUGCUUUGCUGUUUGUUUCUGGACCUGGGAGAAUAUAUCCAAGCGCAGACAAAUCAGACUUGGUGUCUUGGAGCUCUGGGAUGCUUCAUAACACUUUUGCUGCAACAAAUCCAUCCUGAAAUUGAACCCAACGUGAACUCUUAUUUGAAUACACAUAUCUUCUGAUUCUCCCCCCCACACCCCCUUCUUCUUGCCGUUUGACAUUCAGUCAGGAUGUUUGUCAGAGGCUAUCUAAGGCCUUAUAAUAGUGAUACAAAUGCACACAGUAAUGCACACUCAAACACUGACCGACCUCAUGCCAAACUAUGCACACACCAAAAACCCUGUCCUUUUUAAUUAAAAAAGGCUCUAUUUUAUUGUACUCCAAUCCAUGCCAAAGCGGUGAGCAAUCCGUGUGAACCUGCUUGUGUGCGUUAGCCGUGAGAGUGACCGUGAGUGUGUGUGUGUAUAUUUUUGGUGCCUCAUAUUUGCAUUCAGACAGUGGCUUCUGCUCCAGACUGGCUCAUUUAUGUUUUAAAUUAAAACGGCAGCAGGGCCCGGGGGCACCUCUCCAUGUGAUCUGCACUCGCCCUCCCCGACCCUACUGUAACACCCCCAGCACCACCAUCACUUAACCACCACCAACAACCCCCACCCCCCUCUGCCAGCCAGCCAGCCAGCCAUGCCCGGAGUGCCAGUAUGGUUGCCGAGUGAUGUGAUGAUCAGAUAUUGUGGAAGCAAAAGCCUGAGUAUUACAAUAAAACUUCUGUUUUAAUGAAUGAA